AUGGAACAACUUUUGGGAAACGGAGGCAGGAACAAGUAUGUAUGUAAACAAAAGAACAGCUGUCACUGAACCGCAAAACUUUUUGGCAGCAGCAGCAGUUCAGUGGAGUGAGAGAACUGACGAGGAAACACGUCCAAGAGAAGGCGUUGAUCAUUUAGGUGCCAAUAUUAAAUCACCUUUGCAGUGAUCAACUCUUGACUUGUAGUCCUAGAAACAUCAUGUGCUCUAUACAUGAAGUGCAGCCAACACUUAAGUACACAAGCAGCACAGACAGGUGCAUCUGCUGGUUAUGUGGGGACAUGAGAGACUGAAGUGGCACAGAAAAACUGGUUUGAGGCAGUAAAUUACUGCUGUGAGGCAAACCAUGCAGCAGCUAUGCAAAUUAUCAUACGAUGAGAUCCACAAGGUGCCGCCUAAAGAAAUCUUGACUGUGUUUACAUCUUUUGAUUGAUGGCGAUUUUAUCUCGUGUCAGAUACAUCAGUGUUAAUGUAAAAGCAGAGAGGUGUUUGUCAGUUGCAGCUCUGUUUGACCCGUCUUUCCGUUUCCAUUGGCAGUUAUGGCAAACCGUUACUGUGGUCGUGUUGAGUUGGCAUCACUAACAAACAGCAGCGGGAGCACAUGAAAACACCGAUACAGCUGAUGUUUUUGUUGCUGACCCUGUCUUUUGAAAUCCCCUGUAGCACACAUCGGGGCGGACGUCCGGACCAGAUACCAACGCUGGCUGGCGACUGUGGAGCAGCUGAGGAGGAGGCACUGUUACUACAACCAGAGAAGAGAGCGUGGAUUCAAAGCAAGAUGGAGACUGUUCAGGAACGCAAGCCAAAAAGGCCUCACUACAUUCCCCGACCGCCGGGCAAGCCCUUCAAAUACCAGUGUUUCCAGUGUCCGUUCACCUGCAACGAAAAGUCCCAUCUCUUCAACCACAUGAAAUACAACUUGUGUAAAAACUCCAUCUCCCUGGUGUCACAGAAAAACGGGCAAACGGCCCGACAGUUCAAGGCGGCAGCAAAGGGAGUCCCCGUCAAACCUAAAGAGUGCCCGAGCCCACUGCCUGCAGGUCAGAACAGUCCCGAGAAGCAGCAAACUGAGGAGAACAAAGACGAGAGCAUAGAUGACACAGAAGAAGUCGACGUUGGGUGUGACAGUCCGAUCGAAAAGGACAACCAGAAUGCGACAAAAUCAAAUACAGUAACAGAGAGUGGGAACAGGGAGAGUGAUGAAGACACGUCUCUGCCGCACCCUUCUGCUUUCUCUCCUGUCACACCCAAAAGUGACGGAGCAGAAGGCCUUAAGUCACCUGUGCAGCAGCCCGAGGAGUCGCAAGCUCCUGUUCCCUCCUUCAACCCUCCAGGCUUCCCAUGGGGCACAAUUCCACCGCCCAUUCCCUUAAAACCAUACCCCCCUCCCUUGAUUCCUGAAUACUCUCCUUAUCACCUGACAGAUCGGCCUCUAUAUCCACCAUACUAUUUCCCACGAAACCACGCGAACGAGCCAAACACUCCUUCUUUCCGGCCAGAGUUUCUGGAUCCACAGAGGCCGGUGAUACCACAACCCAUCGGCCCAACUCACACCCCACUCUUCCCCCCAUACCCAUACAGAUACUGCCACCCUCUUCAACCGGUCCCCCCUCUGCAUUACACUCUAUACAGACCCCAUGAGUUCUCCAUGCCAAUUACAGGGCCCAGGUAUCUUCCUUUGGACUUGUAUGGCACGACAUUUGGGCCCAAGGAUUACGACUUGUACACGCACUCACAUCCCAGCCUGAGCGGCCUCAACACAUCUACGCAAGAGGAGAGCAGCCACAGACAGAGUGGAGACAAGGAAACCAGGCUGAGCCCUAAAGAGGGCUGUUCAGCCUUGGGGUCGCCUGACAGACCGAGUCAUGCACACAUCAUCCUGAGAGAGUCAGAGGCACCGCACAGCACCAACACGGCCGAGCCGCAAACAACCACCCAACCAGGACAAACGAGACAAGAGGAGUCUGCAGAAGGCUCGCUACAGUUAAGAGCCCAGCGUGCAGAUGGAGGAUCAGCUGAAAGCAGCAGAUACUCGUCGUCGUCCCUUUCUGAGUUCUGCCCUGAAAUUGCGUCAGAACAAGAUGGUGAGGACACCAGAGAAGAUCUGGCCCCACUUAACCUCUCAACAAGGACCCGCCCAUCUGAACACAGACUGAGCUGCUCAGACUCAGAGGACUCAACGCAAGACGAGCUGCCUCUGAACCUGAGCCUGCGACCAUCUGCACACAGCUCUGUCCUGAGCACUUCAGAAGAUCUGCAGGAGAGGCCAGACACCGAGCUGGGCGAAGAACCGUGUGACCAGAGGCAGACUGCAGCACUGGCACUCUGUCAGCUCGCCAGCGCAAACUCAGCUGCCUCUUCGUGUGACUUCAGCGCUGCAGUCAGCUCCUCUGAGGGUUGCACAGAGGCAAGAAGUGCUGGCUCUCAAAAGAAGACCAAGCACACAAUCAAGGCAAAGACAGCAGGCGUGAAAAGAGCAAACAGUGGCCCGGCUGAAAACAGCUGCCAUAAACCAAGCAAGAGAGCCAAAGCACCGGGGCGGGCUCUGAGGAGGAGAGCUCGCUGCUGCUAAAAACUCUGUUAUAAUAUUUGUUAAUACGGACAGAAUAUCUUCACCACGAGAAGCCUCAACAAGAAAAGAUCAACUUAAUGAACAUUAAUGUUAAUAAAGCACUGAAAGAGUUGAUAGCAGGAGCAGAUGUGACAUGUCUAUAGCACUAAAGAUCACAGAUAUGUGAAUAAUAUGUCUUGUUCUCACACUUGAUUUGAAAGGUGAAAGGCGUGUUUUAUAAGGGCUGUGUAUAUUUAAAUCUGGACUUGUUUUGUCAUGUAAAAAGUUGAUGAUGGAAGAUGUAUCACUGAAUGUAAAUAUGUUGAAUAAA